AUGGCAUAUCAGUACCCUGCUGAACCUGUUGGCAUGCCGCCAGUCUACACUGGGGUUCCGUACACGACGGCUACUUUCGGUGGCUACUCCAUGGCACCAAUGGCUGCAAGUAGCUUGGACCAUUCGCAGGGUAAGUGGUUUGCUCCUGGUGAGCCUUUGCCACCAGGCUUUGUGGUGACGGCGCAUCCUGAUGGUCACACUGCCCCCCAGGAGAGUCAUGCAAUGACGGACAAGGCUCGCGAAAGCUUUGUCAUUACUGCUGGCAGUGCUGCCGCAGCUGUGGGUAGUGCUGUGAAGACCGGGUCGUCUGCUCUCAAGAGUAAGAAGAAGAGCAAGAAGAAGAAGAGCUCUGGCAUUUGCUGCUGA